GUUAAAAAAGAACUGUUUUUUCCCCUCUAUUGAGACAUCCAUAUAUGUAAUAUUGUUUUGGUGUCUUCUGGGGAUACAUACAUAUAACACCAAAACUUGCUAUGGGGUACUUGUUGAAAGAGGUAUUGAAAACUCUUUGUGGAGUAAACCAGUGGUCUUAUGCUGUUUUCUGGAAGAUAGGUUGCCAAAACACCAAGAUUUUAAUUUGGGAAGAAUCUUAUUAUGAAACUUCAACAUUGUCUAAUAUUCAUGGAACUUCUGGAGUUGAGAAUCCAGAACUAGCUUUCCAAGAUUGGAGUACUGGUUGGGUUUCUGGUGGAGUUCAAAAUUCUCAGCUUCAGAAUCAAGCGGGGGAGAACUUGCAUUUGCUUGUAAACAAAAUGAUGAUGGACAAUCAGUUCAAUCUAGUAGGAGAAGGACUAAUUGGCCGGGCUGCAGUUACUGGGAACCAUCAGUGGAUUCUUUCGGAGGGUUUAAGUAGAAAUGCUCAUCCACCAGAGGUUUUGAAAGAACUUUGCCAACAAUUUUCAGCUGGCAUACAGACAAUUUCAGUUAUUCCUGUUCUUCCUCAUGGCGUUGUUCAAUUUGGUUCAUACUUGCACAUAAUGGAGAAUAUGGGAUUUGUGGAGGAUGUGAAAACACUAAUAAGUCAACUAGGAUGUGUCCCUGGUGUUUUAUUAACUGAUGAGAAUGCAACAAAAGAACCUGCACUAGAAACUUCCAGACCAGUUUACCUUGGGAGUUCAGUCUCAACGGAAUAUUGUGGGAGAGCCAAAGUAAUGAACUCUGCUUCAAUAAUCGACAAGGGUAACUCAAUUCAGACUGAGGGUUUCGUUGGUCAAACUUCUUUUUCUUUGGUUGAUGCAACGUUUCAAGACUCCAAUGUCACUCAAAGUUUUGCUGACUGCCAUGAUAACCACUUCCACAAGAAAAUUUCGCCACAAGUGAAACCAUGCAUGUAUAUGAACAGUCAGCUGACAAAUAAUGUCAUCAAAACUGAGGUAAUUCCUCCAAACACCGACAUAUGGAAGAAGCAACAGGCUUCACAAUACAUUCCAAAGCCACCGUUCUGUCAGGAAUCUUCUGUUGGCUCAUUAACUCUAGAUAGUGACAGCAUAAUGUUAACUGAACAACAGAUCUCUGGUGAAAAUAGUCUUGCAAAAAGCAAUUUAACUCUACCAAAUGUCUUAGGAUCAUCUCAUGGAAGAUCCCAUCAUGGAGUGAUUUACAAGUCAAUUCCACAUCCCAAUUUUUUCGCCGAUGCCAGCAGACCACCACAGAAAAUCAUCUCUUGCACAGAGCAUAUUGGAGAUGGGCUUCAAAUCGGUUCGUCUGAAUUGAUGGCAUCUUCUAAAUAUGAUGUGAACCAUGUGAUCAAUAAUCAUUCUUUGGAUGGACAAGGUGCACAAUAUUUGUUGGAUGGGAGCAAGAGAAUGGUAGAAAAUGAUUUGUUUCAAGCACUUGGCGCUAUAUUAACACAGAAUGAGAAUCCAAGUUCAAGUGAGUGCAUUCAGGAUUUUUAUAGUGAAAAAAUUGAACACGGAGCGCGGAAUCCGUUAUUUGACAGCGCAUAUGGAGAUGUGCAUGUCCAAUGUCAGUCUGGGGAUGACUUGUUUGAUGUUUUGGGUGCUGAUUUUAAGAAAAGUCUUCUAAAUGGCAGCUGGAACAAUGAGCAGUGCAAUGAACCAAACUCAAACACAAAGGAUUGGAUUAAAAAUAGCUCGACUUCUACAAUAAGUCGGGAUGGUUCUUCUACCAUCAACCAGGGAAACUCAGAUAGUUGUAUGUUCUCCAUGACUGGCUUUGACCGUAUUUUAGAUACUAUGGUAUCAAAUCGUUCUGCUAAGCAGAGCCUGGAUGACAAUGUUUCUAGCCGUACGACUAUAACAAAUUUGAGUAGCUCUUCUGCCCCUAAUGCUUCAUGCUCCUAUGAUCAAGUUGGGGUCUCCAGUCAAAUUCAGGGAGAGCAAUUUGUGUCUCCCAAGACACUUCCAAAAUCAGGAGCAAUGAGUUCUUCUUCAUACAGAUCUGAAUGCUCCAAAGAAGACACAGGAAUGUAUUCUCAAAGUAGUUCAAUUUAUGGAUCAACGAUCAGUUCAUGGGUGGAAAGUGGUUAUGACACAAAGCCAUCAAGCAGUGUUUCAACAGGCUAUUCUAAAAAGCCAGAUGAAAUGAGCAAAACAAGUCGCAAAAGGCUUAAACCAGGAGAGAAUCCUAGGCCAAGGCCAAAAGAUCGGCAAAUGAUCCAAGAUCGUGUGAAGGAACUUCGAGAAAUUGUGCCUAAUGGGGCAAAGUGUAGCAUUGAUGCACUGUUCGAACGCACGAUCAAACACAUGCUUUUCUUGCAAAGUGUCACAAAACAUGCAGACAAACUAAAACAAACUGGAGAGUCAAAGAUCAUCAGUAAGGAAGGAGGAUUGCUUUUAAAGGAUAAUCUUGAAGGUGGAGCAACAUGGGCAUAUGAAGUAGGCUCACAGUCUAUGGUCUGCCCUAUUAUAGUUGAGGAUCUAAAUCAACCGCGUCAAAUGCUUGUGGAGAUGCUUUGCGAGGAACGGGGCUUAUUUUUGGAAAUAGCUGACAUUAUAAGAGGAUUGGGCUUGACUAUCCUGAAGGGGGUGAUGGAAACAAGGAACGACAAAAUAUGGGCACAAUUUGCUGUAGAGGCAAACAGAGAUGUCACAAGGAUGGAGAUAUUCAUCUCACUCGUUCGCCUCUUGGAGCAAACAGCAAAAGGUGGAACAGAACCUGUCAAUGCUGCUGAUAACAACACAGCAAUGGUGCAUUCAUUCCACCAAGCAGCGACAUUACCUGCAACUGGUAGAUCAUGUAGUUUGCUGUGAUCAACACGUUACUACUGCUUCACCUGGUAAUGUUAAGAGCAAGCGACAAUUACAUGCUUGCCAUGACUAACAUUUACACCAAAAUGAUACUUCUGGUGGUUCUAACGCUACUCCGUAAUUUUUGUGCCCCAUGAGCCAAGCUGUGUCAGAAAUUCAGAAUCCACUGAAGAGCAUAAGCUCUACUUUAGGCCCUCAUUCAAGGUGGAUAGAAUAUUCCAAUCCAUCCCUGGUUGUAAACUUGUAAAAUAUGUAGCAAUGCUAUAGAAUACCUUCCUGUAGGAUGCUAUGAUUGCACAAGUUAGUUGUUUUGAUUCUUUCCUUAAAUGUGCUUGUUUUAUGGGGUUGGUCAUAAAAGGGUUGUUUGUUAGUUUAAUGUAUAGGAAAGUUUGAGAUGAUAUAAGGGGUGCUGGGAGAUUUUAUUAGCUGAUGUCUUCCUUUAUUGCAAUUUUUGUGUUUUUGGACUUCCAAUUCUGUUUAUGCUACCCAAAUGACUCUUGUAAUUUGUAAAGCUGUCCUUUGCCCUGUA